AUGGCGGACGAAAGGGCUCAGGAAGAAAUGAUGGAGUCUGUGAAGGCAGCGAUGAUGGAAGAGCUUGGUAUUGCGAGGAAAGAUACUCUCCCUCUGGAGGAUCGGGGAGGACCUAUCAACCAAGCAAUGUGCAGUCUUCUCGAGGAAAGAAAAAGAGCUGCAGCUACUUCUGAUAAUCCUUGGCUAAAUGCCGUCUUCGAUGAUGUUCCAGAACAGGAACAUCUACUAGACUCCAUCGCAGAUGGACAAUUGUAUCGCAUGCGUAGAAGUAUACCAGGAAACGAUCAAGGACAAAACGGGAACAGAGGGGGAGGUCGCGGUCGAGGGACUGGCCGUGCCGGACGGGGUGGAUAUACCGGUACUUCUUCAAGGAUGUCAGAAGCCUCAAACAUGCGCACUCCUCCUCCCAGAGGGAAUAGUAGGAGAGGUCGAGCAGCUGACCGCAUGGAGGAUACCGUCGCACGCCUCCGCCAAAUGCCUAGCCGAGUAGUAGCCGCUGAAUCUGUGGGUCGUAGCCAUCAGACGACUGCCAGCCCGCGUCAGACAAACAGGUCGACAGCUAGAAGUCAAGGAAGAGCAAGUCAAAGCUCCAGUAUGAACUUUCAACGACCUGUCACUCUUGUUGAUCCAGAAUCCUUCUUUGCAGCUGCACAGCAUACUACUUCCCAGCAGGCAGUGGAUGUUACACAAACAAAUACAUUGGCAGAUACAUUGGCCCAGAGCUCAACACUCCCAACUAGAGGUGGGCUGAAGGCCUCAAAGUGGGCACCCGUAUCCUCUGAGCCAUGCUUAGAUGCUGCAAGUACGUCUCGGUCACUGGCAGAAGCGCUGAAUUCCGUUGAGCCGCCCCUGAGAAGUGACACAAAUAUUUCGGACUGGGCAGAAUCUAUUCUUCAAGGUGAGAAUAACGCUUGUGUUCCAGUCACCCAGUCCGCCGUUAAAACGGAUUCAAUCUUGAACAACAUUCCUACCAAAGAUUGCAGGCCAGCAACCACAGAUAAGAACACUCUGAGGAUAUUCGCUGCAACAGCUCAGAAAGGUGAUGAUACCAAAACUUGGAACGUCAACGUCCGACUUCAUCAAUUGUCAAAAUCGCAUCCAGUUGUUCUUGAGAUAGAAGAAAAGGCUGCUGAGAACAAGAUUCUAUUUGAGGGAAGCAUUGCGGUGAACUCGCUCUUAGAGAUCAUGGAAAAUGACCCUCGUGUCAUAACAUUCUGCAACGUCUCACCAAUCGUGAGAGAUUUGAUUUGGACGGUGAGGUUCAUACUUCCACAAUACGCUGUUGCAUGUUAUAGUAUAUUGACCAGAGAUCCUCUCCGGCCGGUACGUGCUGAGUGUAGCAACACGGUCCCGCCUUUGUCGAGCAAAGCCACACCUCCUUCGCAUGAACAGGAUGGACUGAUGCCGGUUUCGACUUCCACGUCCGGGGUAGCGCCUGAGUCUUACUCCCCGCUGAAGAUCAGCAGUCAGACUCUCAGAGAGCUUAAAUCUCUUGAAACAUUGAUCGACUUCGAUGAUGAAGAUUCAAACAUAGACAGUUCGCCACAAGAUCUUCAGGAACUAUCAGCCCUUGGGGAUCUUGCUUUCCUCAACGACGAUUAUACUGUGCUAGCGGUACUUGCAGGUAUAACCAAAUACUAUGAGGGGCCCUUCCUGGACACUUUAUUUGACAGGGUCGAAGACUCUAAUAUUGCCCGCGAUGCCCGGAAAGAGGAGGUACUCCGUUCUGACAAGCAUCUCAGAGCAUCGGAAGAACUCGUUUGUGAAUACUUCAGACAGUCAGAGACAUUCUCGAGGCUUAAUGAAGCAGAAGAACGGAAGUACCUUGAGGUUAUGGGGUGGAAGCUCCUAGCUAAAGCACUACUCCUUCGAGACAAUUCGGCUGCUGAAGCAGCAGCAGAGGGUGAAGGAGAUCCAUGUUUUGCUCAAGCUAGCCCACUUAACCCUCCCAUUGGUACCCUGAAUCAGAGCCUGUCGUUCCCAGAUGAUAAUGAUCUAGCGACUGAGCUUGAGAAGAGCGUUAAAGAACACCGGGUCGAAGAGAGUACGGCCAAUGUCCUAGAAGAAGAGGGGAAACCACCUAUCCGCAUCACCUACUCUAUUGACGAGCUCCUUAUUCUACGCAACCGGGCUGCAACGAUCAACAAGGUGUUACUAUCUCGAGAAGAUAUGUCGAACAGGUAUCCCAUUCCCAGGUCAAAUGUUCCAAUAGCACAGGCACAUCCAAGAUCGAAUCAAGCUUCUGGAAACUUUCAAGGCCCACCACAAGGCAUACAAAGUGAAAGCAACUAUGGCCAACACCAAAAUGCAACGAGCACGGCUAGCAAAACUCAGCCAUACAUGUUUGGGCAAGCUCAGACUGCUGAGAGCAGAAGCGUGAACGAGUCGAUCUCAACACCAUCUGUCGACGGCUCCAUAAGUCGCGCACUUGCUACCAAACAACCGGUCACCUCUGUGCAAGGCUGGAAUACCUUCUCCAAAAGAAGCAACUUGAUUACCAAUGAUACACCUGAUUCUCCCAAAAACGACAGGACAAUGACAGUUGAGAUUGUUGAAAUAUCACCUGAUCACGUGUCAGAAGAAACUGAAGCUCCGACAAACACACAGGUCUCAAACCUUGCUAGAUCCUUUAGAAAGUUGAAUCUUGAGAGUGAUGAAGAUCUCGUAGCAUUGCCUACAGUUUUGGGCCCUGGUUUAAGCGCCUCUCGAUGGGCUACCAAGCCCAUCACUUCACAGACAUGUGUCAGAGCUAUUCCGAGAUCAUCUCGGCCGGCAAGCACUUUUGACGGAAACAUUACAUAUGGCAACUUUCCGCCACGAUCCGACAUCCACCUUCGCCAACCCUCAAACGAGUCCUCUGACAUCGAAGCGCUGUCCUCAUUUUCAAAAGCUAUCAAUGUUAGCCGUGGUCAUUCGCAGCAGCCAAGUCUCCAAAAGUCGUCAAGACUAGCCCCAGUCUCACAGCUUCCGGAAGAUGACAGUAUGCAAAGUAUCUUACAAAGUCGUCUCAAUCAUAGCUUAUCGCUUCGUUGA